GAAUUAAAACGCUGGUGUUUAUAUUGCAAUGCACUUUGUAAAAAAAAAAAAAAUGUUUUUUCUUCUUCAAAAACAAAACCUAGGCUUGCAUUUAUUUUCAGAUAUCGUCAAAGAAUUAAAAACAAACAAAAAAAAUUAAUACUCGUAUAUAAGUGUUGAAUGCUGUGCGGUUUUGGGUGCAGCCAGGUUUAAUAUAUGAUUCUGCGUUUGGUAUAGAUAGGUAUAUUUUUAAUACAUGAACGACUCGGUCUUUUUUUUUAUGCGAAUUUGAAAAUAAUCCCUUCUUUUUUUUUUGGAAAGAAACAGAAUAAAAGUGUUUUUUUUUUAAAUAAAAAAAUAAGUUGUGUUAGAAGAGAAACGAAGCAGUUUGAUGGCUGGCGUUUCUCCUUCCUUGUAUGUUUUGAUUCUUGCAGUAAUGCGAUGGGUGUAAAAAUGCUGGAUGCCCACUAUCGUUGUGGUUGCAAUCUGUGUGCUGUGUUACUCCUUAUCUUUGAUGGCGGCGCUGUUUCCAGUCUUUACUGUAAUUUCGCUGGCACUGUCUCCAAAAAAAAAAAUCUUAAAAAUCUAGCUGCGUGCUGCUUACUGUAAUGCACGAGCUCAGUUUCAUUAAAAUAAAUAAAUAAAUACAUGCAUUUAAAAAAGUACAAUGACCCUGUUGCAUGCAAUGCACUGAAAAAAUAACAAGGACGUUGUGCUUUGCAAUAUAAGUUUUUCGUGCAUGCUUCGUUCUUCGCAGCUUUUCAGUGUGCGGUGUAACAGUUCUUAAAAUUUCCCUUGACAUGCUAUUGCAGCUGUUUUGAUUGUAUGCAUAGUGGUGUCGGAGCAUGCCCUUUAUUGCUAGAUUUCCUUUUUUUACUUCCUGGUUGGUAAUUAUUAUUUUUUUUUUAAUUGUACUUACGUAAAGCGUGACCUACAUGCAGCAUCCGGUUACUGGGAAAACAAAACAUUCAAUUGGAAUCGAUGACCCGAGAUAAAAAUUGACAAUAAAGCACCAUUUUUGGAUUUGCCUAGCUAAGUCCAUGUUUUAUAUUUUCCUCUGAUCUGUUCUAUUUAGAGUUAAGUAUAUAAAUACGCUUUGUUAGACAUUUCUGUUUUCCCCCCCAAGUCUGAUGUGUGCUGUUUAUACGGGUUGCAGUUGUUAGUUUUUAAAAAAAAAUGUUGUGUUCUUCUUUCUGAGCUGUAAAAAAAAAAAAACCCGUAAAACAGGGCUGUGUGCAAUUAAAAAAAAAAAAAAAUCACAUUUCUGUUUUUUUUUAAUUUCUUGGCCCUUGCAAAACAAAACGUAAUUUGGAUUUUAAAACCAGGACCGCCAGCUGCAAUGGGGUCGGGUGUUUUUACCUAGGCGUUUUUUUAAAAAAGGUGAAAUUCGUACCUGUCUUUCCGGUUUUGUUUUAAUUUAGAAAGCAUUCACGUUAUAGGUUUGUUUUGUUAUACCUCUGAUUAAAUGUAUUGAACACUUCAUGGAUUUAUGAUAAAAUCCCCCAAAACUCUCAGUAAAAGAUAAACAGCGACUGAUGAGGGUGUGGGUUUGCAGACCAACAGGACAGAAUGGCCGCCACAGUAGCUAUAAGUCCUAGCGAGUACCUGCAGCCCUCAGCUACAACAGCACAGCAAGAUUCCCAGCCCUCUCCCCUUGCUAUGCUGGCAGCGACAUGCAGUAAGAUAGGACCUCCCGCAGCUCAAGCCCCGGCAAGCACCACACCAGCCCAGCCCGCCACCAGGAGACUCCACCCCAUCAAACCCGCACCCAUCGCCCCGGCGCCCCCCAAAAACUACGGCUUCCUGUCCGCGAAAGGGAACGUCAUACAGAUCCCCGCGGGCCUGGGCUCUUCCAACACAGCCGGCGCUCCCCUUGUGUUUACCAUCCAGAACCCUCCUGUCCUGGGCAAGGGCGCCCGCCCCAACGCCAGCAUCCAGUACCAGGUGGUGCCCCAGUUUCAGACAGCCGACGGGCAGGCGAUACAGGUUUCCGGCGUGCCCCAGAGCGGGCACAGCGAGAUACAGAUCAUUCCCGGCACCAACCAAGCCAUCAUCACCACCACCGCGCAGCCCCCUCCUCCCGCAGCCCAGCAAAAGACAGUGGCUGUCAAGCCCUCGCAGAAGGGGCAGAACUCUGCCGGGAUGGUCAAGCUGCCCUGUGGGUUGACGCUGCCCCUCAACAGCUUCAUCGGGGACGGAUGCACGACCCAGUUCGUCACGGAAGCCGCUCCCGUUUCGCCGGUUAAGACGACCAGGAGGUCCAGGAAGAAGCUGGCAGCUGCGGCGCAGGCUGUCGCCGUGGUUCAGCCUCAGCAGCAGGCAACGGCUGUAGCAGAGCAAGUGGAAACCCUGCUGAUUGAGACCACAGCGGAUAACAUCAUCCAGGCUGGAAACAACUUGCUGAUCUUGCAGAGCCCCGGAUCGGGCCAGCCAGCGGUGCUGCAGCAGGUCCAGCUUCAGCAGCAGCAGCAGGUGGUCCAGAUCCCACAGCAAGCCCUCAAGGUGGUGCAGGCUGCCUCCGCCACGCUGCCCACGGUCCCACACAAACCCUCGCAGAACCUGCAGCUGCAGGCAGCAGCAGAGCCAACUCAGGUUCUUAUAAAAACUGCUUCUGGGGAGUGGCAAGCGAUUCAGGUGCAGGAAGCCACGGUAGCCACCACAGCGGCCAGCUCUGGAGGCGUGGGCACGAUGCCGAGUCUCGCGUCGGGGGCCGGCAAAAGAGGGGGUCCCGGGGGCCGGAAAGAAAGGACCUUCCCCAAGAUCGCCCCUGCCGGGGGGCUUAUCUCUCUAAACACAUCCGCUCAGGGAGUGCAGACCAUCAAUAUCAACGGAGUGCAAGUGCAGGGCCUGCCUGUCACCAUCACCAGCGCUGGAGCAGGACCGCAGCACCUGACAGUCCAGACGGUUUCUGGAAACAACCUGACCAUCAGCGGCCUGAGUCCGUCCCAGGGAAACCAGCUGCAGGUGGAGCACGCGCUGGCUCUGGAGAUCCAGGGGCAGCCCGGGGAGAAGAAACGACGCAUGGCCUGCACCUGCCCCAACUGCAAGGACGCGGAGAAAAGGCCUGGGGAGCUGGGAAAGAAGAAGCACAUCUGCCACAUCCCGGGGUGUGAGAAGACGUUCCGCAAGACGUCUCUGCUGCGGGCUCACGUGCGUCUGCACACGGGGGAGCGGCCCUUUGUCUGCAACUGGGUGUUCUGUGGGAAGCGCUUCACACGCAGCGACGAGCUGCAGAGACACGCCAGGACGCACACAGGAGACAAGCGGUUUGAGUGUAUGCAGUGCCAGAAGCGUUUCAUGAGGAGCGACCACCUCACCAAGCAUUACAAAACUCACAUGAACACCAAGAACUUGUGAAACCGAAAAAAUAUAUGAAAUAUAUUUUUUUUUUUUUUUUUUAAAGAAAAUCACAAAACGAAAAAAAAAAAAAGAGCGCGAGAAUAAAUGAAACAUUGCGACGCCUGGCACUGGAAGGAAUUUGGGUUGGUUUUCUGGGAAGCCAGCAGUUGUUAAUCACAGAUUUUCUGUGUUUUCUUUUUUUUAAACAGUGCUUCCUCAUCAGAACGCCGCCGCAAAGAAAUGUACUUUAAUUUUUUACGCUGUUUUUCAUUUUUUUUUUUUUGUAUUCCGACCAUGGCUUUGUAAAACAGCAUUAUUAAAUUAACUUUUUUUUUUUUUUUUUUUACUAUCAAUAAUAUAUAUAUAUAUUUUUUUUCCAGUUUUGUGUGUAGUCCAAUUAUGUCCAACUCAUCAAUUAUAGACCUUCUGCUCUUUUGGAUUUGAAAAAAAAAAAAAAAAAAAAACCUGCCAGAAUGUAAUAUGAAUGCCUUUUUAUUAUUCAUAUUAUUAUUAUUAUUAUUAUUAUUAUUAUUAUUAUUAUUAAUAUGAUCAGUUAAUAACUUGUAUUCUCUACCUAUGUCUGUUCGCGCUCCAUAACUGUUUUCCAGCUAACCAUAAGAAGAGAAAAUAUUUUUUAAUGUUUCUUGCCCUGAUUUGCCUUGUGGAGUCACUUGGCAGUGACUGACUUUGUGGUCAGUGGUUUAUUCUGUUUGCUGUUAACCUGUAAGGAAAAAAAAACCACACAUAUAUAAAGGGUGUAUAUCUGUAAUUGACAGUGACGACCAGCAAUUUGAACUUGGCGAGAUUACUGGAAAUAAGCUCUUGUACAGUAUAACUGUAUAUUUCAAGAAAUGCAACGUGUUGUAUAGCUCAUUCCUACUUUAUAUAAGACUUUUAAUUAAAUACCUCUUCUAGAUUUUUUUUUUUCUAUUGAUAAAAAAAAAAAAAAAAGUUGCCUUAGAUAAAUUGCACCCAGUAUUAAAAAAAAAAAAAAAUAAUUGUGAGAGCUGCUUUUCUAGUUUAUUCUUAUUUAUUUUUUGCUGGAUCACCAGUUACGGUGCCCUGAGUUUCUGUUCAAAGGUUUCCAGACCACGUAUAGCCAACUGCAAACGUGGCAUUCAUGCAGUCGUGAACACAGCGAUUCAAGUCCUGUGUUGAGACCCCAAAGUCUAUAAAAGAACGUUCUUGCCUGACAUUUGGUUUCAGGAAGGAGGCUAGGUUUCAGGCUACAGCACGGCACACCAGGGGAGACUUGGGGGUUUGAUACAGGAACCUCAAACUCGGUCUCCUGGAACCAGGUUUCAAGCCGCUGUUCCUGAAAAAGUGGCUGUGUGUACCCCUCAGCUUAAGUGCCAAGUAAUCUUCUUUUACAUUAAGCUGAUUCAAAUGACAUAUGGAUCCUAUUAAACAACAAAUUAAGAAAAAGGAAAAUGUCUCAUUUUUAACCUGAAAAUUCAGUUUUAUAUUACAUUUAAUGCCGUUGCUGGUAAGCAUGGACAUCUUGAGGUAAGUGGCUCUUAAAUGCUGUUGGGACGUGUAUUAAUAAUAAGGUGUUUCAAAUGGUGUAUUUCUGCUCAGAAAGAAUAAGAAUAUGACUCCAUGUACAGCAGGACAGUUCUGGUUUUUCAGGUCACACCCCAGUGCAUUCUGGUAAGUGUAGUCCUGCUGUGAAAGGUACCUGAGACAGGCCAAACGUACCAGAAUGCUUUGGGGUUCUAAGUUGAAAAGCCUGAACUGUCCCAGUGUGACACUGAGUCAUAUAGUAACCAUAGGGAAGUGUUCUAUCAGUGUGCAUGCAGAGCAGGUGGGGUGGGCAGAGCUGAAUUAAAAUGACUUCAAAAACUGCUUGGUCUUUGUUUUUGUAAAGGAACAAGUUUGCCCUACAGCAUAAAGCCAAUGUAAGUUUCAGCAAACUGGGUUGUCAACAAAGUCUUCUUAUUGAUAGAGUGCACAGACAGACCCCUUCCUGUUUGAAUAAUGCAGCAAGCAGGCGUUGAACAUGAUCUGGGACAUUGUAGCUUAUGGGGAAACUCAUGGAUGGAAAUAAGAAUCCUUUUGCAUAGCAGUUUCACCUAUUCCAGGUUUAACUACCUCCCGAACGUGAUCAGCCACAGUGUGUGUAGGUAGCAAGCUCAGGUGUGUCUUAUAGAACUCCUAGUAAAACCAGGAAUGGAUCAAACUGCUAUGCAAUGGGAGUCUCAUUGCCAUCCCUGCAUUAAAGUAGUCUACUGCAGCAACCUCUCCGACAAAUCCCAGAAAAAUAACCUCAUCAGCCGUUGUUUAUAUUUUACUGGGAGUUUUGAUCAAA